AUGUUGGCUCGGACUGUAUUCAAUCAAGUUUUUCUUUUCAAACCGUCGCAGAUUUCAUUUUCUGCCUUAUCUUUAAGUUGUCGUUCGAUUACUACGGCUGCUCGAUUAAAAAAACAAUUGAAUAUUGCAUCCACACCUCGACCACACAUUGAACGUCCAGCUGGUAGUGAUGAACUAUAUAAACGUUUGUGUGUUGAAGUACGUGGUCAUGAUCCAGCUGUAUUAGAAAGUUAUGAGAGAUUUGUUCGUCUUGUAUCUACACAACUUGAUAUUCAACUUGCCAAUAUUGAAAAUCCUCCUUUUUUUACCGAACGUUGGACUUUACUUCGUUCAAAAUUUGCUAAAAAAAAAUAUUGGCGAGAAUAUGAAAUUCGAACAUAUUACAAAAAAUUUCAUUUUAAACAUUUAACUGGUUCAACAGCUGAUACAUUUCUUGAAUAUGUUCAACGAAAUUUACCCGAAGGCGUUAUGAUGAUUGUUGAACGGGUAAGAAAUAUAUUUAAGAUCUUUUCUUCUCAAAAAUCUAACUUCAACAAGAUAUAUGAGAUAUCGAUGAAACGUUUGUAUAGAUGUUUGGAACAUGGAAAUCCAUUGAUAAAGUAUAAAUAUAUAACAUGUCCAUCAAAGUACUUAUCUAUGUACAUCAAAUUGUAUUCGAGCGAGAUAGAUCACGAUAAAUUAUGCUACAUACAGUUUCUUUUACAUUUGUUAUACCACUAAACAAUAUAAUGAAGAUAGAAGAAUAACAAAUUAAUUUUUUUAAAGUUAUUUGUUGCUUACAGGUCUUUUAAAGCCUAUUAAUUAUAGUUAAAAUUUUAUUAGUAACUCCUACGAA